AUGGAUUCGGACAUCUCACAAGCCUUCCAGAAAGAACUCACCUGUCUCAUCUGCCUGAACUACCUUAUGGACCCAGUCACCAUGGUCUGUGGGCACAGCUUCUGUUGGUCGUGUCUCUGUGUUUCCUGGGAGAAAACUGGGAGCCCUGCUCAAUGCCCUCUAUGCAGGCAAACAUCACAGCAGACAAACUUCAGGAUCAAUUUUAUUCUGAAGAAUCUGGUGUCCAUGGCCAGAAAAGCCAGUCUCCGGCAAUUCCUCAGCUCUGGGGAAAAUAUAUGUGGGCCACACAAGGAGACAAAGCGGAUCUUCUGUGAAGACGACAGGCGCCUGCUCUGUUCGCACUGUUCUAGCUCUCAGGAGCACGAGGCUCACAAACACUGCUCCGUUGAAGAGGCAGCUGAGGAAUACCGGGAGAAGCUGUCAAACCAAAUGACAUCAUUAUGGGAGAAGAUCCAAGAAAUCCAAAGAAAUUUCUAUAAAGAAGGCAGGAUAUCUGACCAUUGGAUGUAUUAUGUGUAUCAAUAUGAAGACAUCACCAGGGCUGCUUAUCAGACACUGUGUCAGGCUUUCCACGAGGAAGGAAAACAACAUUUAAAGAGUCUUAAAGAGGAAGGCCUCAAAAUGUUUAAGCAACUCGAGAAACGUCGAGCUGAAAUGAUUGCAAAGAUGAUGAGCCUAAGAGCGAUGUAUGAGGAGCUCAUGGACGUGUGCCAUAAACCUGAUGUAGAGCUGCUGCAGGAAUUAGGAGACAAACUGAGAAGGAGCGAACAGGUGCAGCUGCACAUGCCUCAGCCCCUGCAGCCAGAACUCCCUGCAUGGCCCAUCACUGGACUGAUAGACAGGCUCAACCGCUACCGAGUGGAAAUUUUCUUCACUAAUGAAAUAACCAAUCACAACAUCACACUGUUUGAUGACGUGAGAAGUCUGAGGUUUAUGCGUGGCAGUCUCUAUGCUGCUCUGGAUCCUGGAACGUCUAACUGUUUUGCUGCAUGGGGGGUCCAGGUCUUCACCUCUGGCAAACAUUAUUGGGAAAUGCCUGUGGACAGGUCUUGGGACUGGGCCGUAGGGGUCGGUAAGGAGUCCUGGCUAAGGAAGAAUGGCACCCUGAUUGAAUCUCAUGACACAUUUCUUCUUUUAUGUGUGAAGGAGAAUAAUGGAUACACUCUCUGGACCACCGCCCCGAUGACUCGUCAGUACAUAGAGAAACCUCUUGGUAGGGUUGGUGUGUUCCUUGAUGUUGACAAUGGAAGUGUGAGUUUUGUGGAUGUUGCAAGGUGUUCUCUCAUUUGGACAUACCCCAAUGGCACAUUCAGUUUCCCUGUCAGGCCUUUCACUACCUCUGGCCAUACUUAA